AUUGAAUAAGUUCUUGGGAAAGUGAAUCUGAAGAUUUAGGUUGGGCUGGAUUGGUUGAAAAAGAGAGAAUCGGGCAUGGCCUCAAGCUCUGCAACAAGUCAAAAUCCAUUCGUUCCACCAACCACCAUCGCUACCCGAUGUAUGUCUGCACUGCAAAUCAAUAGCCACUACAAGAUUUCUGGUCUUAGAUUUUAGAGCACACCACACCAGUAUGGCUUCCGUGGUGAUCUCACGUAAGCUCUCUCAUAAGUUACUAAAACCCCCUCUUUCCUCGUCUAUUUCCUCCCUUUUGAUCUCCCAUGGACCCCGAAACCACCCUUCCCUUGAUUCUAAUUCCAGUCUUUCUCGACAACCAACCUUAAAAACUAAUCUCAAUAUCUCUAAAACCAGAGGUCAUGACUUUACUCGUUCAAGUUUUUUUUCCGCAUCUGCUAUUGGAAAAGCCCAAAAUCCAGCUAAAACCCCUGAUUUCAAUAAAAAAGGUUCUAUUUUUACAAAAUCCAAGGAUUCUAGUUUGGAUAGUGAGCUGAAAAAUCCUAGAUUUAUUAGGUUGUUGAACCUUAAACCCAGAUAUUUUUCAAGUUCAAAUUCACCAUCAGAAUCCGAUAAGUCCCAAAACCAAAGCGAGCAUCCAAGCCAAAUCCCUGAUCUCAAACACCAAGAAAUUGAGGGACCAACUGUAGAGAGGGAUCUCUCAGCUUUAGCCAAUGAGACCAGAGAGGUUUUGGAAAGUAUGAUGAAGAAUAUUUAUGGUCUGAGCAGGGCUGUUGCUGUGCUGGGUCUGGUUCAACUAGGACUCGGAGCCUUGAUUUCUUAUGUUACAAAAGCAACUCCCAUGACUGAGGUGUCAAUUCAAAGUUUUGUGGCCUUCGGAUUCCCUUUUACAUUGGCUUUUAUGUUGAGGCAAUCAUUGAAGCCAAUGUACUUCUUUAAGAAGAUGGAGGAGCUAGGAAGGUUGCAGAUUUUGACUUUAACACUUCAGGUUGCUAAAAACUUGAAUAUCUUCUUUGUGAGGGUUCGUGGGGUUUCCUUUUUGUGCAUUGCGGGGAUGUCAGUUGGGCUGUUGAUCACUUCGUUGUCAAGAUGAUUUCUUCCAUUUUGAUUUUUCAAGUCUCAGUUAUCAUAAUAAUAAAUGUUGAUUCUCAUGGUUAGAUUUUCUUAAAGAGU